CCCACAUUUUCAAGUUCAAUCUCAAAGUGGGUUCAUUUGUUCAACCUAGUGGAGUAUAUAUAUGAACUCUUUUCGUCCCAAAAUAAAUUUCAAUCUUUCGUUUUUCUGUCGUCCUAAUCUAAACCUCAAUCUCCCUCGUAUGAUUAGGUCACGCAUUCCUCAGUUUUUUAACCUGCUUACAAGAGUUUAAUUUGGGAAGGAGGCAGCACGGAGUAAUAGAUAAAGAGAAUUGGUGUACAGGCAUUGAAUAGAGUUGCAGAUGAUGAGGAGCUAAUUAGAGAUGGGCAUGGCCAAGGCAUGGAGGCAUGGCGGUGGCGCGUUGAGUAACCUGACUGUUGGGGGGGCGGCGCAACACCGGCAGAAGCAGCAUUGGUUUGGCCUCUGCACAUCUUCAUCGAGGCGGUCAAUCUCGUGGACGGCCGUAUGCGGUGUGAUACUCUUCGCCUUGGGGUUAAUCUCUCUCUUCACUGGCCAUGUCGCGACUAAUCUCGACUGGUACUCUCAGCACUCAUGGUUCUUCCCGCGGGAAAGGAGUAUUCGUGCACCUAUAGACAUUUGGGAUUCAAAAUAUUCGAAAUAUUACUAUGGAUGCAGUGAAAGAGGCCCAAGUUUUUCUAGCCCUGUUUCUGAGCGAUCUUCAAAUGGGUACCUACUCAUUGCAACUAGUGGAGGGCUAAACCAACAAAGGACUGGAAUAACUGAUGCAGUUGUAGUUGCAAGGAUACUGAAUGCAACUUUAGUUGUACCUGAGUUAGAUCACCAUUCAUUUUGGAAAGAUGACAGUGAUUUUGUCAACAUAUUUGAUGUGAACUGGUUCAUCUAUUACCUGGCCAAAGAUGUAACUAUUGUCAAGAGAGUCCCAGAGAAGGUUAUGAGAUCAAUGGAAAAACCCCCAUAUACAAUGCGUGUUCCUAGAAAGUCAGAGCCAGAAUACUAUUUGGACCAAGUAUUGCCUAUACUGUUACGAAGACGUGUUCUUCAGCUGACAAAGUUUGAUUAUCGCCUUAGUAAUGAAUUGGAUGUAGAACUACAGAGGUUGCGUUGUCGAGUGAAUUAUCAUGCCUUAAGAUUUACUAAACCCAUAAGAAGUAUGGGUCAAAAACUCGUGUUUCGUAUGCAGAAUAUGGCAAAGCGUUUUAUUGCUGUUCAUUUGAGAUUUGAACCUGAUAUGUUGGCAUUUUCUGGAUGCUACUAUGGUGGGGGUGAUGAAGAAAGAUAUGAACUUGGUCAAAUAAGGAAAAGAUGGGAGACCUUACCUGAGGCUAGCCCAGAUGAAGAGAGGAUGAGAGGGAAAUGCCCUUUGACACCUCAUGAAGUAGGUCUGAUGCUGCGAGCACUGGGAUUCAAAAACGACACUUACCUUUUUGUUGCAUCUGGAGAAAUAUAUGGUGGAGAAAAGACUCUUCAGCCCCUAAGAGAACUGUUUCCUAACUUUUAUUCCAAGGAGAUUCUUGGAGGUGAAGAACUAAAACCUUUCCUUUCAUAUUCUUCCCGCAUGGCCGCAGUUGAUUACAUAGUGUGCGAGGAAAGUGAUGUCUUCGUCACUAACAAUAACGGAAACAUGGCAAAGAUCCUUGCUGGUCGAAGGCGUUACAUGGGACACAAGAGGACCAUAAGGCCGAAUGCAAAAAGACUAAGUGCUCUAUUCAUGGAACGGGAGAGGAUGGGUUGGGACACGUUUGCCGCAAAGGUGAAGUCAUGCCAGCGGGGGUUCAUGGGAGAACCUGAUGAGAUGAAACCUGGGCGUGGGGAGUUUCAUGAAUAUCCCGCCUCCUGCAUAUGCCACAAACCCUUCUUCAAAUAUGACGUCAAUUCUAGCCUCGAGCAACACAACAUCGAUGUUCUCAGCAGCAUACAGAAACUCCAUGAAAGGGAAGUGAGAGCAGAACCGAAAACAUCUGUGCUGGAAGAUAGUACCGACCAUUGGGAUGACCCCUCGUCUGACUGACUGACUGCCUGCCUGCCUGCUUGCCAGCCAUUGAAUCAGUAUUUCCAUGGAAAGGACCAUACUCCUCCACACAUGGAGACCUGUGCUUGUGCCCUUUCCACUGGCUCUGUUUGGAUGAAGGGUUCUCGAGGUUUGGAGGAAAAGGGUUUGGAGAGCUUAGCCUUAUAUCUUGAGUUUCUUUUUGAAAUUUAACAUAGCUUGCGAUUUGUAUAACUUCGAAUCACCUUUUUGUAGACUGAGCUCUAGAAAGUCUUUCCCUCUAAGCUCGUCCAAAACCCUUCAUUUAAACUGACCCUUGAAGUUUGUUGCUUGGAGACCCCAAAUUUUGUUCUCAGCACAGAUCCAAGUACAGUUCGGAACAGCCCACUUCUUAGAGUUGUCUGUUAUCUUUUAUAUUAUCCCUGGAUCAGUGUAUACAUACAUACAUACAUGCAUAUAUAUAUAUAUAUAUAUAUAUUAUACAUAUGUAUGUGUACGUAUAUAGCAUAAGAUUCAGAAUUACGAGGAUGAGCUACAAAUUGUGCAUAAAUAUGAACUCCAUAAUUUGUAAAAUACACGAGCAGUAGGAAGAGUUGGUUAUUGCUUUUUCUCUAUCUUGCUUUUUGAGACAUGAACUGAGGACUACCACCAC